AUAACAACAAAAAAUUACUUUCUGUGGUAGAGAACAAAUGGAUCAUAACGGUGGUGGAAACUCAAGCAGUGAACAUACUUCGGUAAAUGCCAAGAAAAGAGAGAAAAGAACUUAUCAUCGCCACACUUUUCAACAAACCCAGAGACUUGAAGCUUAUUUCAAGGAAUGUCCUAAUCCAGAGGAAUCACAACGGCUCAGUUUAGGUGAAGAGCUGAAUCUUGAGCCAGACCAAAUCAAAUUUUGGUUUCAAAACAAGAGAACUCAAAACAAAACUCAGAUUGAAAGAAAUGCUAACAUCUUACUUCGUGAAGAAAAUAAAAAGAUCAAAUGUGAAAACGAAGCUAUGCUAGAGGCUUUAAGGAUUGUGACUUGUCCAGAUUGUGGUGGUCCUCCUCUUGGUGUAGAACGCGACCACAAUUUCCAAAACUUGGGUCUAGCAAACACUUUUCUCACAGAAAAGCGUGACGAACUGGCCAACACUGUAUCCAUGAACCAGCACCAACAAAACAUGGUGAACUUAUUCGCUUCUGUUCAGGGACAACAAAUCUUUGAUACUCACACCUCGUAUGGAACUAUUCCAAACAGUCUCAUGAACGAUCCAUCUAACUCAGUAGGAUCAUCAACUUCUCAAGACAUCCAACUACAACUGAUAUCCCAAAUGGAUAUAACGCAAUUGUCUGAAACUGCGACAAGAGCCGUUGAAGAGCUCAAGCGGCUAUUUGUUACGGAAGAUUUAUGGGUUAUGUCGUCUAUCGAUGGAACAUAUGUGAUUGACCAAGAGAGUUAUGAGAAGUUCUCGCACUCGAUCAAACAUUUCAGGAAAUUGAGUGCUCGUGUCGAGUCUUCCAAAGAUGUCACGUUGGUUCCUAUAGAAGCAACGAACUUGAUUGAAAUGUUCUUGGAUUCGGAAAAGUGGGAAAGGCUUUUUCCAACGAUCGUGGCCAAGGCCAUGACGAUUCACAAGCUCGGAUCCGAGCUUCCCAUCAACGAAAACUGCAAUAACUUGCAAGUGAUAUGGGAGAAACUACACAUUCUGUCGCCGCUAGUGCCACCAAGGGAGUUUAUGAUCGUCAGGUGCUGCCAAAAGAUCGAUGAAGGGAUCUGGAUUGUUGCUGAUGUGUCACAAAGAAUCGUUGACUCUGACCAAAUCAACCCUUUUUGCUAUAAACGUCCUUCUGGCUGUCUCAUCAGAGCAUUUCCCGGUGCUCACUCCGAGGUAACAUGGAUAGAGCAUGUGGAAGUUGACCAUAAACCCGAUGCACAUUGGUUAUAUAGAGAGCUUUUAUGUGGCGGCUCAGGCUACGGGGCUAAGCGUUGGACCACCACUCUGGAAAGAAUGUGUGAGAGGAUGGCUCUCUCCUCCAUCCGUACCAUUCCGGCUACUGACUGGAGCGAAGCUAUAGCGACAGUGGAAGGCAGAAUGAGUGUAAUGAAAUUAGGGGAAAGAAUGGUGAAGAACUUCAACGAGAUGCUGGCCAUGUCCGGGAAAGUUGACUUUCCACAGCAGUCCAAAUGUGGCGUCAGAAUCUCGAUCAGGAUGAACCAUGACUCCGGUCAACCAUCCGGUUUAGUUGUCAGUGCUGCGUCUUCUUUCUCAGUUCCGAUCACUCCUUUGCAAGUCUUCGACAGCCUGCUAAACAAUGAGACUCGUCACCAGUGGGACGUUCUUUGCUAUCGAUCCGCAGUCUCUGUGACCGCUCGCAUUCUCACCGGAUCAAAUGAAAACAACUACAUCACCAUUCUCCUGCCCACACAAAGAGAGGAUGAUGUCAUAUCUAUGUCACAAGGCCCAAAGAGGAACAUGAUGAUGCUACAAGAGUGUUACAUGGACGCAUUAGGAGGCAUGAUAGUGUACGCUCCUCUCGACAUGGCUUCGAUGAGUCUCGCUACCUCAGGUGAAGUCGACCCUUUGAAAAUUCCAAUCCUUUCUUCUGGUUUCACCAUCUCAAACGAUGGCCGGCGAUCCAUGGUGGCUGAGGAGGGUGGAACUAUACUCACGGUGGUCUUUCAGAUCCUUGUCUCUGAAGACAAGAGGAUAAGCGGGCUGAAUGAGCAGUCAGUGGACACGGUGACUAGUUUGAUCAGCUCCACUGUUCGAAACAUCAAGCUCUUGCUCAAUUGUCCUCUUGAAUGAGAGAAUAUUCUAUGGAAGAUUCUCUCUUGUCUUUUUUCUUGUUUGUU